AGCUCGCUAACGUGGUCGUGGUGAUAUUUGUGACGCCGGGUGGCGGGAGGCGCGGCGGCUGGGACGUGUGGGAGAGUGAAAAAAAACAAAACUAAUGUGUCUAAUUUCAGCAUGAUGUUUUUGGCUGCCGAGCGGGUCGGAGGGGCUGGGGCUGCUGGGGAAUAAAGCCGCACCGACUCCUUCCUCAAACGUUGGCCGGACGCUGUGUUUACGGCUGUCGGUGUGACUCCUCUUGACCUGACUCCAGCCGGUAGACGAGAAGACAAGACCCUCCGCCUUUUUGCUCCUGUGUUGGUUUCCCAGCGUUUCAAGGUGGACACCUCAAAAGGAAGACUGUGGUCAGUGUUGUUUGGUGGUGCUCCACCAGCUGCCCCUGUUCUGACACUGGGACAUCUUUGACACUGUGCUGCUCCUGUUUCUAUGAUGAUUCAUUUAUCGGGGAUUAAUCCAUUAUCCAACAGUCCACUUUUUUUGCCACCUGCCUGGAAUUUUCUCUAAGCGUUGAAUGUUUGCUUCAACGAAGAAGAAUUCGGGAGUUCUCUUGAUUUCCCCCCUUUCAUUUAGUUUUUCUUGUUUUUUUCUAACUUAUGUAUUUUAAACUAACUCCCAUACGAUAUAUCUGUAGAAUAGAAUUAAUCUUUACAUUCAUUUAGCUUUAUUCUCUUUUCUUUUAAAUCAAGGCAAAACUCCCCAGUUAGGCUUCGUUACUUUGGGGCAUUUGUGUCCAGCACACAAUGUGGUCCACAUUUUUUGUGACUGAUGAGGAGGGCCGCACGGUGGCCCCCGGAGCGACAGGAGCAGCGGGAGGCAUUGCUGCAGGUGGACCGGCUCAGGGCCCGGCGGGUCUGGCCGGCCUGAUGAGUGGACGCAGCACGUUUGGCGGGAACAAGCGGCGCAGGACCACGUCCACCGGACACGCCAUGACUGAAGCCCAGGAGGGAAAGAUCAAAUUGGCAUUCUUUGUGGCCAUCGUGGGAGUAGUUCUGACUGUCCUCGGAGUGGGGACGGAGUUCUGGGUGGAGCUGGCACCCCAGAAGAGCUUCUACAACAACCAGACGUGUCUGAGUGCUCACUAUGGGCUAUGGAAGGGCUGCACCAAGACCCUGUGGGUGGCUGAUAUCGACCCAGAACGAGAGAGCUGUGGACCCGCUGAACUGCCUGGAGUAUCCAACUGCACCUACUUCAAGUUUUUCACCACGGGGGAAAACGCAGUGAUGUUUCAGAAGACAACACAGAAGAAUCUGAAUGUGGCGGCGGCGAUGUUGGCCAUGUUCAGCCUUUUCCUGAUGGUGAUGGGGGCCAUCUGCAUCACCAUGGCUCUCAGCAAAGAGAUCCUGUUCUUCCUUAAGCCGGCAUCUGUGUGCUUUAUUCUGUCAGGUGUUCUGGUGCUCGUGUCCCUCAUGGUUUUCCACCAGUCCGUCCUGGCGUUCCUGGCCAGCGACCACACCGUGCCCCUCCACUACGAGCUGUCCUGGUCCGUGUCCUGCAUCGGCUGCGCCGGCGCCGUGCUCAUCGCCGGCGGCGUGCUCUUCCUGCUGCUGGCGCUGCCCUGCAGCCCCUGGCAGAAGUGUCUCCCUCAUAAGGACAGCGGCAGUUAGUAGCUUGCAGGCACUUGACCUGCUUUACCUUCGAGGAGAAAGGAGGCUGAGAUGUGAGUGUGCUUCCCGGACAUGUCUUUUGCAAAGAGAUCAUUUUAAUGCUGACUUAGAGGAACUGAAAGCAGGACAAAGAUUUAGAGGAAACAGUGGCUUUUAGAAAAGACGGAACCAUUUUCAAUAUAAUCCUUUUAUAUAAUCAUCUCUGAGUGAUCUCCAGUACCUUUUGUUUUAUAAAGCACAGUGAUCUUAAUGCUCAGAUGUGUCUAAAAAAACAUUUCUUACUAUUUUGUCUUACCGUUUAGCCAACAGGGUUUGGGGGCAACUCACUGAGAGUACUAUGAAUAACUUAUAUACAACAUAAAAGUAGUUAGCAUAAUGUUUACUCUUUUGAAACAUAUAGGUCUCAAUCUUUUAUAGGAAGCAUUUAAAGAGCUCACACAGCAUUCAAACAGUGUUAAAAAAAUGUCGCUUUAAGUUUGCACAGCCAUGUAAAAUCGUCCUUUAAACGUCCCUAUUUUAAAUAUUCAGAUUUUUAUGCAACAAAAUAUUUAUAAAUGAAGGUUUAAGUUCUUAAAAUCACUGUGCAGAUUUGUUCAGCCUUGUUUUUUAGGGAGGAUUGAGAAUUUACCCUCCACCUUCCCCUUCAGAGGGUGUGUUUCUUUUGAGAUUAGCUAAAGCAACAAAAUUUGGACUCACAAUCUCCUCUGAAAUAUUGAUCUUACCACUUUUGAUAAGACAAUGAGAUGGAUUUACAAUAUGACAGUAGAUGUUGUAAAACAUCUAUGGAGGCUUGUAACACAACUCCAAAUUAAAAAAAAUUAAAAAUGCAGACAGGGUGGACGUGAUGAGCAUUUGUUGUCAUUGCAUCCUUUUAAAUGUGUCUCAUUUUAUUACUACAAAGUCUAGCCAACAUUAGGUUACUCAUCAUUUAUUGUCAGCAGUGAUGUCACCAUGAGUGUGAUAACGCUUUAUGCUUUGUGUCCGCUUAUAUGUGAAACGGAAAGCAACUUUUCAUCGACAGUUACAUCGUACACAUGUAAUGUAAAAAAAAAAACAUGUGU